AUGGUCGCGCCGCCGCUGGAUUAUGUCGGCUGGGGCUUGCUAAGGGGGUACCCGUGGUGGCCACUAUAUCUUCUCGACCCGGCCAAGAUUAGUCCACUGUUCAAGGCAACGGAUGGGAAGUUCCAGGACAUCCUAGCGCAAGCGAAAGCAUCGCCCAAGCCCCAGCGUCUCGCCUACUACUUCGGUUCCCACGACUUUGGGCUGCACAAAGCUACCCAAGUGAAACCUUGGCUCCACUCGCAACACCUAGCGUACACCAAGGGGUUCCCGUCCCGAGCUUGUUCCGACGACCAGACAGCCUUGCUGCUGUCCCACGCCGUGCGCGAGGCCACGGACUUCGUUGUUACAGACCCAGCUGAACGCGUGCUGCCAGAGCUGACAUCAGCAGACUACAACUUUGCAGGCAACCACGUUGCCGUUGUCCCCUUCAAAAAGGCACCCAGAGUCGUGACAAUUGUCGUGGACUCGGACGACGACGUUCCUACGACAUCGGCCCCCUCGUCCCCCUCUCCCCCCGCCCUAACCAACAACGGCAAUAUCGAUCGCCGUCGUCGCAAAACCAUAGUGCCCCGGGUCUCAACACCCGAGCCGCGCAAGCGGUGGCUUGGCGAAUCGGUGGCGUUAAAGCAAGUUCCCGUGAACUCCGUGUGCUGGGCCAAAACGGAGGUGUUUGUCGACCCAUGGUUGCCAGUGUUCGUCUGUAAUCCGUCAGAACUUGACCCGGGAGUGCAGAAUUUAGGUCGUGUCAAUGCGCGCAUCUUGGAAAUUGCCGCAACGCACCCUAGGACCAUUUCGGUGGUGUACUACUUCGGCGCGCGAACUUUUGGUGUGAUCAAAUCGAAAGGCCAAAUCGAGCCCUGGAACGGUGCCAACCACGACGCGUACCUGUACCAAACGUGGCUGGACGAUGAAGAUUUGGACGGUGUAGCGUUGGGCGUCGAAGAUGCCGAGGCGUUUGUAGCUUCAAACUCUGCUCGACCGUACGAAUCUGAAUCCGAAAACGCCCGGAUUUCGGCGGACAAAGGGGAUGUGUGGGACGACAUGGGCGACGACGAGACGUACACCAACGAGUCGGGGUCGGACGUUGACAUUGCCGAGCCCCCUUUAUUCCCGCACAACGCAGUCAAAGUGGUGGAAGUUGCAACGAGCAGCACGCCACCAACUGACGAACUGAGAAGUCCGAUCGAGCCGAAACGUGUCAUGUCACCUUCACCCCCCCGCAAUACAACCAGCCGUCGUGACGACGUGAUAGUGGUAUCCCGUGCCAUAAAAAAGCCUUGUGUUGACCGCUCAAGUCCCCCCAGGCAACUGUACGAGUACUUGGUCAUUCCAAUGGUAACGGGGCACUCGAGGCCUCGGACCUCCAAUGCGUACUUGGUAUGGGCCAAGCGCAAGAACUGUCCGUGGUGGCCUGGGUACGUCUGUGACCCGCUUCGAUUGCGCCCCCAUUUGUUUCUUUUGGGGAGAGCACACAAAGUGGAUCUGGACAUUGCCAAAACGAACCAAGAUGUGUUCAAGUUGGUCUACUUUUUCGGUCGCCACGACUUGGGCCGUCAGCAUGCCACCCGACAUGGCAGUCUCAAGCCAUGGAACGGUCCUGACCACGAAACACUAGCUUGUGGCCCCCCGCCAGUUGAAUGCAACGUUACCGAGCGAACACGCGCGCAGUUCCAGAAUGCAAUGGCGGAAGUAAAGGAAUUUCUAGCCACAAGCGCUGUCACCCGUGUGCUGCCGUACAUGGUUCCGUCGGACCUGGAUCCAGAUGUGACCGAGCCAGAAGUCCCGCUGCUGCCCAAGGAAUGCCUCGUGUGGGCUCUCACCAAGGACCACCCGUGGAUGCCGGGAUACUUGUGCGACCCUUGGGGCUCCCCGAAGAAGCUCGCAGGACGCGUGCCACAACAACUCGUGAUCACUGCUCGCCAACAAGGACCCAACUGCUGGCUUGUGUACUACUUUGGCCUCCACUCGUUCGUGAUCCAUUCCAUUCGAGGCACACUCAAAUUGUGGAAGUGCGACGACCACGAGUCACUUUUACAAGGAUAUGCUGAAUCCCCCGUGGCGGAUGACAGCAUUUGGAACUCGUUUAUGGAUGCAGUGGACGAAGUCAAGUACCCAAACAACAGCAUUGCUGGAUCGCGAGGACGAGGAGGAAUGCAAGGCCAAGGCGACGAAGAGGCCUCGGCAGACUGA